AGUGUUCGCUUUUACCCAGGAUCGCGGCACUUCCGGCGCGGUGGCCGGAACCGCGGCCUAGCCGUCGUUAUGGCGAUGGGCGGCCUCUGUCUCCUCUGGCUGCACUUUCUUGGCAUCUCGGCUACUAAAAUGAAAAUUGUAGAAGAGCCCAACACCUACGGGUUGAAUAAUCCUUUCCUCACCCAAGUAACCCGGCUUCAACCAAAAAUAAGUCCUGCUGCCAUUUCAGGCCCCCCACAUCUGCACAAACUUGCUGGGAAAUGCUUCAGUAUGAUUGAGGCUUCGUACAAAUACGAAUUCUGCCCUUUCCACAACAUUACACAGCAUGAGCAGUCAUUUCGCUGGAAUGCAUACAGUGGGAUCCUUGGAAUAUGGCAGGAAUGGGAGAUUGAAAACAACACCUUUGUGGGAAUGUGGAUGAAGGAGGGAGAUUCCUGUGCCAGCAAGAACAGACAGACCAAGGUCAUUUUCACAUGUGGAACCAGCCACAAACUGGCUCAUGUUUCUGAGCCCAACACUUGCAUCUACUGGCUCACCUUCGAAACACCAUUAGUCUGCCAUCCCCAAUCACUGCUGGUUUACCCUAAUCUGAAGGAGGAGCUGCAGAAGAGAUGGGACAAGGCUGAACAGUCACAUUAUGAUGGCCUCAUUACUCAGCAAGGUUACAGGAAAUUGCUUCAAGCAAUAUUUGAAGAUGCGGGUUACUUGAAAACUGGUCAAGAGAAAAUAGAAACCAAGGAACAAAAUCACUCGCAAGAAGAGACACUAAGUCAGUGCAACGAGGAGCGGAAUAAACUCUCAGAAGAGGUACAAAUGUUGAAGGAUAUCCUGGCACGCCACAACAUUUCCACGAUCUUGCCUGUGAGUGAUAAAAUGCCUGCAUUGAUUACAUCUCAAAUCCGGAGCGACAAACAGCGGAGGGGGGAUCCUGGGGAUCGGAACGAUACGCUGUGAGCAGUAACUGGAUGGUCAGAGUCUGGACACAGGGGUUAUACGUGAAAUAAAAGGCUCAGGAUAGAGCAGGGACAAAAAAAGUGAAGUGCAAAGAAGUGAACUUUCAAAAGCAGAAACUGCAGAUGAUGGGAAUCCGAAAUUAAAAAGACAAGGAACGUAGGAGAUGUUCAGCGCGGGAGGUAGCAGCGUGGAGUCGGGGACAGAGAUAACGUUUCAGGUCGCUAGCCUUGUAUCAUGGUUAAACAUUGAUGGACUAUCCUGUCUAGCUUCAUAAAAUUAAAAUCAAAUUUGAAACAGAAUUGGAUUAAAAAAAAAAUAUUACUGGAGUAAUAAAGUUUGAGGGAGGCGUCUAGAUUACCACCGUGUCGAUGCGGUAGCUGUGCCUGAACCAUUAUAAACCGCAGCCGGACACAACGUGCCUUGGCGGGAGUGGACGGAUACAACGUUGCGUUCUUAAAGUGAAUAAAAGCCAGUUGUCAUGUUUGUGGUGCAACCCGUAUCGGUCCCUGUGGGUACACGUGGAAGGAAAGCAACAGCACUGGUUACAAACGUGCAACUCGGAACUCUUCCAUCCCCGAUUGCAGGACUUCUCUUGGCCAUGCAAUGUUGUUGUUCAGUCAGAAACAGCGAUCAGCAGCGCAGCAUUGAAAGAAAAAACACCAUGCGGUGACCCCAGCCAGACAUAAUUGGUGACCUAAAGAACCACAUACCCUCUCCUCUCCCACCACUCCACGCAGUUAUGCUGCAACUUGCUGUGAACGACUGCCUGCCCCUGCCACAAAUAAGGCACAUCCUCUCUCCAGCAUAAUCGUCAAAUUGGACUGACUGGAUGGCUCAAAGGCUUCCCUUUGAAGAACAAUCUAAUGAUGGGGUAAUCUGGACACGGCAGGUUGGAAAUUAUUUUCAGUUGUAAAUUCAUGUUUUGGCUCAAAUCACGGGAUCCUUUGCCACGUUACUGUUUGUGAGAAUUUGCUGUAUGCGAUUUGGACGUUGCAUUUUUUUGCGAGUGUCUAUGCAUUUAAACAAAAGUAAUUCACAAGCCGCAGUUUUAUGGUAUAUAUCCCAAGGUGACAUUCCAUAGAUGCAAGAUAGACAUAAAAUACUGGGGUAACGCAGCGGGACAGGCAGCAUCUCUGGAGAGAAAGAAUGGGUAACGUUUCGGGUCGAGACCCUUCUUCAGAUCUAUUACAUAGAUGCACAUUUGUUCUAGGGCAAACAAGCAAAAUAAACAAGUACACAACCA